AUGGAGCAACCAGACACUCCCCCGCAGACAGGAAACAAACAACUGGACGAACACAACAGAAAACUCCACCGGCAAACCAAAACCAAAAUCUCCGACGAGUUUAUUAGCUCCCGCAAGGACCGCGAGGCCAGGGUGAGGCAACAGAAGCUGGAGCAGAAGCUCGAGGAGGUGGCGCGACGCAAGGAGGCAGAGAGGCGCACGAAGGCAAAGGAGGCGGCAGAGGCAGCGCUCACACUCAAGCAGGAAUCCAAACGGCAAGUCAAGGCACGCAGGAAGGAGGAGCAGAUGGUGGUGAAGGGAACCACUGGGGAAUUCGCAUCAUCGGCGAAAGCGGAACUAAUGGGAUUGAUCGCAGGGAUCAUCGCAACACCACAGGACCAGGACCUCUGCAUCCGACUCGACAACCAAGCGUGGGUCAAGGUCCACAGCGGAAACGAAUGGAAGAUAAAGGCGGACAUGGCAGCAAAGGGGGCGCAAUUACAGGGCGAAACGGCAUGGGGGUGGACAAAGCCGCCCAGGGACGACAUCAAGCACUCGGCUACGAUGGCCGGCGUGAUUCUCGAUCAGGAUACGAGAGACGUGUUCAAGAUGUAA